AUGGCUGGUGGAAAUUACGCUAUGAGCGAGCCUGAGGCUAAUGGAAAAUUACCAGCGCAGGAUAGUUCAUUGGUUGGAACACCAGAAAGAGCGUCGUGGGGUCGCCCGCUUGAAUUUAUACUAGCAUGCCUCGGGUACGCGGUCGGACUGGGAAACGUCUGGCGUUUUCCGUAUCUGUGUUACAGAAAUGGUGGUGGUGCCUUCUUAAUACCAUUUUUUCUGAUGAUGAUUCUGAUUGGCCUGCCACUGUUUUACCUGGAGCUCUAUAUAGGACAGUUUACAAGCUACGGUCCCUUGAAAGCAUUCGCGGCUAUAGGGCCUUUUUAUACUGGCCUUGGAUACUGUACGCUGGUUGUGAUCAGCCUUAUAAGCAUUUACUACAUGAUCAUAGUUGCGUGGACGCUGUUUUACACAAUUGUGUCAUUGGCCGGGAAUUUGGAUUGGGGAUCGUGUGAAAAUGAAUUUAAUACAAAUUACGUAGCUGAACAAGGUCCUGGAUUAGCGUUCGUUGCGUAUCCCGAAGCUCUGCUUCAGAUGCCGAUACCCCAAUUCUGGUCGAUAUUGUUCUUCUUGAUGCUGUUCAUACUCGGACUCGGUAGCCAAUUCGCAGACGUAGCUGAACAAGGUCCUGGAUUAGCGUUCGUUGCGUAUCCCGAAGCUCUGCUUCAGAUGCCGAUACCCCAAUUCUGGUCGAUAUUGUUCUUCUUGAUGCUGUUCAUACUCGGACUCGGUAGCCAAUUCGCAGGUAUAGAGGCUAUAAAUACAGCAAUAGUUGACCAAUGGCCUCAGUUCAGGAAGGAGGUCACCGCAUUUACGUGUUUCACUUGCUUUAUUCUCGGGAUACCGAUGUGCUUCAGCGGGGGAGUUUACCUGUUUACAUUAAUGGAUUGGAACACUGCAUCCUGGGCCAUUCUUUUGAUCGGCAUGGCAGAGAGCAUCGCAGUUGCUUGGACCUAUGGGAUCAAUCGAGCAAUGAAUGACCUGGCAUCGAUGAAUAUGAAACUGAACAAAGUACUGAGAUUUUACUGGAAAGCAGCCUGGACUGUGACUGUACCGAUAGCAAGUCUGCGAGGUAAAGAACUGUUCACGCCAACUGAAAAAUGGAAACCAUCAUCGAAAUCAUUGUCAAGUCCCAACACAACUACAUCUGAAACAAAUCAGCAGACAACUUACGAAAAUUUGGGCUACAUG